AUGAUUGCCUCAAGGUUGUCCCGAGCUCUCCCGCGCUCAUCUCCCAUCUCCCGCAUCUCUCAGAUUCGAGCACCUCGCUCAUCAAUAAUUUCUCGAUAUGCCUCCAGUGAUGCCUCUGAGGGCACCGAAAAAGUCAAGGGCCAGGUCAUCGGUAUCGAUCUGGGUACGACAAAUUCGGCCGUCGCCGUUAUGGAAGGCAAGCAGCCUCGAAUUAUAGAAAACGCCGAAGGUACACGGACAACACCAUCAGUGGUCGCCUUCUCCGAAAAUGGCGAGCGUCUGGUUGGUAUCGCUGCUAAGCGACAGGCUGUUGUCAACCCCGAAAACACUCUGUUCGCCACGAAGCGGUUGAUCGGAAGAAAAUUCUCGGAUCCCGAAUGCCAGCGUGACAUCAAGGAGGUUCCAUACAAGAUUGUACAGCACACCAACGGCGACGCCUGGCUUGAGGCUCGCGGCCAAAAGUACUCUCCUUCGCAAAUUGGUGGCAUGGUCCUGCAAAAGAUGAAGGAGACUGCUGAAGCCUACCUCGGCAAGCCUGUCAAGAACGGUGUCGUCACUGUCCCUGCCUACUUCAACGACAUGCAGCGUCAAGCUACCAAGGAUGCUGGUCAAAUCGCUGGUCUUAACGUUCUCCGUGUCGUCAACGAGCCUACUGCCGCUGCGCUUGCCUACGGUCUCGAAAAGGAGGAGGACAAAAUCAUCGCAGUCUACGAUCUCGGUGGUGGCACUUUCGAUAUUUCCAUCCUUGAAAUCCAAAAGGGCGUCUUCGAAGUCAAGUCUACCAACGGUGAUACUCACUUGGGUGGUGAAGAUUUCGAUAUCUCACUGGUGCGACACAUUGUUCAGGACUUCAAGAAGACCUCUGGCCUCGACCUCUCCAACGACCGCAUGGCCAUCCAGCGUAUCCGUGAGGCGGCUGAGAAGGCCAAGAUCGAACUCUCAUCUUCUCUCCAAACUGAGAUCAACCUGCCAUUCAUUACUGCCGACGCCUCUGGUCCUAAGCACAUCAACCUCAAGAUGACCCGCGCUCAGCUUGAGAAGUUGGUUGACCCUCUGAUCUCCAAGACCAUCGAGCCUGUCCGCAAGGCUCUCAAGGAUGCCAACCUCCAGGCCAAGGAAAUCCAAGAAGUGAUUCUUGUCGGUGGUAUGACUCGUAUGCCCAAGGUCGCCGAGUCUGUGAAGAGCAUUUUCGGUCGUGACCCUGCCAAGUCUGUCAACCCUGACGAGGCUGUUGCCAUCGGUGCCGCCAUCCAGGGUGCUGUGCUGGCCGGUGAGGUCAUGGACGUUCUGCUGCUCGAUGUCACUCCCCUUUCCCUCGGUAUCGAGACGCUCGGCGGUGUCUUCACCCGCUUGAUCAACCGAAACACCACUAUCCCCACCAAGAAGUCCCAGAUUUUCUCCACUGCCGCUGAUUUCCAGACCGCCGUCGAGAUCAAGGUGUACCAGGGUGAGCGUGAACUAGUCCGUGACAACAAGCUCCUGGGCAACUUCCAGCUGGUCGGCAUUCCUCCUGCUCACCGAGGUGUUCCUCAGAUCGAAGUGACCUUCGAUAUCGAUGCUGAUUCUAUUGUGCACGUUCACGCCAAGGACAAGUCCACCAACAAGGAUCAAUCCAUCACCAUUGCCUCUGGCUCCGGUCUCUCGGACGCCGAAAUUCAGAACAUGGUCGAUGAUGCUGAGAAGUAUGGCGCCCAAGAUAAGGAGCGCAAGGCUGCCAUUGAGGCUGCCAACCGUGCCGACAGUGUGCUGAAUGACACUGAGAAGGCGCUCAAGGAGUUUGAAGACAAGCUUGACAAGGCCGAGGCGGACACCAUCCGCGAGAAGAUCGCCUCCCUCCGUGAAUAUGUCGCCCAGAACCAAGCCGGCGAAGGCAACGCCACGGCCGAGGAAAUGAAGGCCAAGAUUGACGAACUCCAAGCUUCCGCCCUUACCUUGUUCGACAAGAUGCACAAGGCUCGCGAGGAGCAACAACAGCAGCAAUCUAGCAGCGACUCCCAACAGGGUGGCGAGCAAAAGCCUUGA